GACUUUGCAAAGCUGACGGCCACGCAAGGAGAAAUCCGGCAAUCGGUAAGGGAGGAGAUGCUGCAAAGACUGGUUACAGCCUUGAAAGAUUUUCAGCCAGAUUUGAUUUUGUCUUCAUAUCUGUCCAUGACAGAUUCCAUGAACGUCGGCAUCGGCUUGAAAAUUCCGGUCCUUUUCCUCGGCAUGCAGGUGAUGAUUUGCAGCAACUACUUAGCGGCCUUCGGCAUGUUCCCGCGGUUACCCACAACCUUUUCCUUGAACCGCCGUCUUUGGAACUACCUUUGUGAGAAGAUUGCUACAGAGUUCAACAAUACAUCGGAACCGUUUUUGAAGCAAAUCUUCGAUACGGAGGAUGCCUACACAGAUUUUCGACCCACCAUGGAGGAGUUCUACGACAUUUGCAGCUGCGAUGCGCGGUACCCGGUUCUGUUGGCAGCCUCCCUGACCUUGCACGGGCCUCUGCCCGAAGAUUUCAACGACAACGUCCAUGUGAUCGGGGCCUUGACCUUGGAGCCCACGGAAGAAGCAGGACCAGACUUUGGGGGUAAACUCCAGCAGAUGGAGGCCUUCUUGAAGGCCGGAGAUGCGCCAGUCUACGUUGGCUAUGGCUCGAUGACUUGUCACAAUGCAAAGUUCAUGACCUUGUUCAGCUUGCGAGCCUUGAUGAAGACUGGUCAACGUGGAAUUCUUUUGGGCGGUUGGGCCGAGAUGUCAGCUGCUGCACUGGAGGGCGAGGAUGAUUCCCAAGAGCUUUUGGCUUACUGCAAGGAGAGGGUGCUCUUUAUGGACACGGCGCCGCAUGGUUUGCUCUUUCCUCGCUGCAAGGUGAUUGUCCACCAUGGUGGCGCGGGCACACUGAACGCAUCGGCAAUGAGUGGAACUCCCACAGUGAUUGUUCCAAUCUUCUUGGACCAAUUUUACCACUCCGACUUGGUCAACGUCAAGGGCUUUGGUGUGGGCUUGAAAGCCAUGAAAAUUCUGAAGCCGGAGGAGCUGGCAGAUGCCAUCACCAAAUGCAUCUCUUCUGAAGAGAUCCGGCAGCGGGCAAGAGAGGUGGCAGAGCAGAUGUCCAAUGAGAAGGCUAGUAGUGCGUUGGUGAAACACAUUGAUCGAUUCAUUGCGGAGUAUGUGGACACGGGGCGUUUUCUGGAAGAAAGGUAUGCCUUGCGCAGACAAGUGCAUGAAAGCACAUGGUCACAUUGGAUCGGCUCCUGGCUGCGCACCUAUGCUUGUUGCAGCGAAGCGCGUAAGUGACAGGUCUGAGACGAUCUUUCAAUUUUCAAUCCGUAGCAUGAUGGAACAGGAUGCCGUUCA